ACAAAUCCAAUCCAGGCUGGUAAAUUAACGAGUAACUAUGGCGGCCGGCCCCAUUGCCGAACGUAAUCAAGAUGCUACGAUAUAUGUCGGUGGGUUGGAUGACAAAGUUACAGAAUCCCUUAUGUGGGAACUAUUUGUGCAGUCGGGACCAGUGGUUAACGUUCACAUGCCUAAAGACAGGGUGACUCAAAUGCACCAGGGAUAUGGAUUCGUCGAAUUCAUGGGAGAAGAAGACGCGGAUUACGCUAUCAAAAUCAUGAACAUGAUAAAGUUGUAUGGAAAACCAAUCAGAGUGAACAAAGCGAGCGCCCAUCAGAAGAAUCUAGAUGUUGGAGCUAAUAUAUUUAUUGGAAAUCUUGAUCCAGAAGUGGACGAAAAGCUAUUGUACGAUACUUUCAGUGCAUUUGGGGUAAUUCUUCAAACGCCAAAGAUAAUGAGAGAUCCAGAAACAGGAAACUCGAAGGGUUUCGCGUUUAUAAACUUUGCCUCGUUCGACGCAUCGGAUGCCAGCAUAGAAGCGAUGAACGGUCAAUAUCUGUGCAACAGACCCAUCUCUGUGUCGUAUGCGUUUAAACGCGACGCCAAGGGAGAGAGACACGGUAGCGCAGCCGAGCGAUUACUAGCCGCUCAGAAUCCUCUGAGUCAAGCGGACAGGCCUCAUCAACUUUUCGCGGACGCGCCCCCAUUGGCGCCUCCUCCUAUGCCGAAUUCAAGCUCGGCGGCUCAUCAACCAACUCAUCAUCCUCAACAUCACGUGAUGCAUCACGGAAUGGUGGUCCCACCGCCGCCACCACCGUCGACACCGGGACCUCCGAUGGGUCAUCCUCCGCCACCCCCAGUUCCACCACCCCCUUCGAGUGGUUUCCCUCCGGCAAGCAUUCCUCCACCUCCUCUGCCACCAAUGUCAAUGGCAACUCAUCCUCCU